AUGCAAGUAAACAUAACAUUGCCACUCAAGUGGGCCCAAUGCUGGGGUUAUGUUCUGAUACUAAUGUCUGUCAACAUUAUGCUGAUUUUUCCUCUCUCGGCGUUUCUCUUCAGCGAUUUUUAUUCCAGGUUAAUCCCUGCCGAUUCCGUUCAGACUGUGCCGUUCGCCGCAGGGCAACAGCUCGGUACUGGGUGGAGCGGUGGAAAAGCUAUUUAUGCCUUUAAACUGAAGCGCUACUCGACUGAGACUGCCGAAAUUCCACAAGUAAUACCGAAUGGGUUUCCUCAAGGCGUCCCAAUAAGAGCCGACAUUCCUUAUAAUGUUAAUCUCGACUUGAAUGUUUUCUGCCUAAAUAAGGUUACAGACCUCAGCAUAAGGGAUGGAGAAAUUACCCUUAGUGUAUCAAGACAUGGCAAACCAGCAGAAAAUGUUCUUUUCCGCAAGACUCUGUUGAUGACUUGCGCUAACACUAGGGAUAUCCCUACGUUGGGGGCAAGUGGAAAAUUGUCGCCCACCUUUGCUCGCAAAGUCCAGCAAGAGCUAGUGAAUCACAUACAUUUGGAAAAGCCUAUCAUUUUACAGCAUGAUGUUGAAAAGCUGGAAUUAUCCCUCAAGUUUGCUGGAAACGCUAAUCUGAUCGUAGAUACGAGCACUUCUUUCAUCACAUUAUCGCUGAAUUUUGAACAUAGCUUGAGAAACCUUAUGGUACGGUGGAAAAAGCUUACUCACGUUGUUGGAACACUUCUCUUCAACGCAAUCAUCUCAUUCUUUUUCUUGGCAGCAUUUGCGAUCAGCUUCUUUCGUGCUGGUCACGUAAGAGGCUCGAAGAUGGACUAG